AUGGACCUCGUUUUGGAAGCGCUUGAUCUGUAUUUGUUCACUCCUUAUGUAUAUCCUACAUCUUGGCCCGAAGAUAACUGGCUCAGGCAAUUUUUGUCUCUCCUCAUUGUUGUCAACAUUGGAGGCGUGAUAAUGUACUUUGCAUUCGCCUCGUUCAGUUUUUUCUUCGUGUACGAUCGCGAGCUCAUGAAACAUCCACUCAUUCUGGAAAAUCAGAUCCGUAAAGAAAUCACAGUUACAAUGACAUCCGUUCCAUUUGUUAGCCUGCCAACGGUUGGAUUAUUUGUGCUUGAAGUUCGCGGCUACAGCCGUUUAUAUAUGACCGAUCUCUCCAAGUCUUCAUGGCCGCAGGUUCUUGGUGACUUCGUACUAAGCUUGAUCGGUUUCCUCACAUUCACCGACGCAUUAAUUUAUUGGAUCCAUCGAGGGCUACAUCACCGUUCAGUUUACAAGUAUCUUCACAAAGUUCAUCAUCGCUGGAAGGUCCCAACGCCGUUUGCAAGUCACGCCUUCCAUCCGAUCGACAGUUUCCUGCAAAGCUGUCCCUAUCAUGUGUAUCCAUUUAUUUUUCCACUGGAUAAAUAUCUCUACCUCGCGUUGUUUGUUAUCGUCAAUAUUUGGACUGUGUCGAUUCAUGAUGGCGAUUACAGGGUGCCAAGACUGUUUGAACCUCUUAUUAAUGGUUCUGCCCACCACACUGAUCAUCACCUCUAUUACAACUAUAAUUAUGGACAGUACUUCACUUUGUGGGACCGGAUCGGCGGCUCGUUCCGUUAUCCAAGCGCAUUGGAAGGCAAAGGUCCGAUGGAUGAGCUAAAGAAAAUGAAAGGAAAAUGA